AUGAUCAUUUUUAUUUCAGUUCUUAAUACAAUUGUAACUGAGAAAGAAGCAAAAUUAAAGGAUAGUUUGGUCAUGAUGGGAUUAAAAGUUGAAGUGUAUUGGUUAAGUUGUUUCAUCUCCAAUGCGUGGCUUAUGAUCAUUUGCUCGUUAAUAACUUGUUUAGGUGGUCUUGCAUUUGGAUUCUUCGCUUUCAAGAAUUCAAAUUUUUUCGUUCUUUUUAUAACUUUCCUACUUUUUGGUUUGGCAAUGAUUGCGUUCGGAUUCUUUAUCACGACAUUCUGUCGUCGUUCUCAAGUCGCAGUUUUAGUUGGUUACUUCCUAUUUAUCACGGGGUUGCUCUUUGAAUCUUCUGUACUCUCCGACGAUUUCGUAGGAUAUAUUUGGAGGGAUGAUGGAAAGAAUAAAGUCAUUCGGCUCGUAUUAAUUGAUGAUAAAUUCUUACCAGCUCCGAUUCAAUCUUGGUACUUGUUAUUAAUGAAUAUCGCAUUUUACGCUAUUCUCACUUGGUAUUUUGAUAAAGUGAUUCCCGAUGAAUAUGGGGUUGAAGUUGAUAGUGAUGAGGAUGAAGAUGUCGCAAAUGAACGUAAUUUAGCCUUUAAUCCCGAGCAUGAUGCAGCUUUACAAUCAAAUUGUUUGGCACUUCUUGGACAAAACGGUGCCGGUAAAAGUACAACGAUCAACAUCAUCUCUUGCGCCGCAAGGGCCACUUCGGGUGAUGCACUUCUUUAUGGAUGUAGUGUUAAAGAUGAAAUUGGUAAAAUUCGUACGAUGAUGGGAGUUUGUCCUCAACACGAUAUUUUAUUCAAUGAUUUAACUGCAAGGGAACAUAUUGAAUUAUAUGCUGGUAUCAAAAAUAUUCCUGCCGAAGAAAUUCAAAAAUUGGUCGAUGAACGUUUAGCAAGUGUGAGGCUUGCAAAGGUGGCCGAUAAAUUAGCUGGUGAGUUUAGCGGUGGUAUGAAACGUCGUUUAAGCACGAUCAUUGCUACAAUUGGUGAUCCCAAGAUUCUCUUCUUGGACGAACCCACAACUGGUUUGGACCCCGUAAAUCGUCGUCACGUAUGGAGUUUUAUUGAAAAUUUCAAACGUGGACGUGUGAUUAUUCUCACGACCCAUUCUAUGGAGGAAGCGGACGUUCUCGGUGAUCGCAUUUGCGUUAUGGCUCAUGGGAGCCUCCGCGCGCUUGGAAAUUCGAUAAGACUUAAGAGGAAAUUUGGUAGUGGUUACAGGGUAUCCUUGGUAACGAGAGUUGAAGAUAGCGCGAGAUUAAAACGAUUGAUGGAAAAGAGAAUUCCCGAAGCUAUCUUAGAAGAUGAUUCGGCUGGAUCAUUAUUAUAUGAAUUACCAAAUUCCGCCUUACCUAAAUUACCUACUUUGAUUAAUUGGUUUGAAGAAAAUGAGGAAAAAAGUUAUGUUGAACCGACAAGAAAUUGCUUAAAGCUUGGGGAAUUAGUCAAAAGUCUUUAG